CGCACUGCAGAGAGCGGUGGCGAGCAGGCGCCGGCGCACUGGCCCACGUGCCGCGCCGGGAGAGCGAGAACUGGACGCAGAGCCAGCGACAGGGCGAGGGAACCAGGGGCGACCGACCCCGCCGCCGCCGCCGCCGCUCUGCUCAGCCCGGAGGAGCCCGCCCCAGCAGGAGGUUGUGGAGACCUGGGCUGCUCUCCCUGAUUCCUAGGCUCCCUCCCCUGGGUGUCUUCCCCUAGUGCCAGCCUGGUCAGCCCCUAAUAUCAGCCCCGCGUGGGCCGAAAUUGUGGGCGAUGGCGGUGACGAUGCUGCAGGACUGGUGCAGGUGGAUGGGCGUCAACGCUCGCAGGGGCCUGCUCAUCCUGGGCAUCCCGGAGGACUGUGAUGAAGCUGAAUUCCAAGAGUCCUUGGAGGCUGCCCUGUGGCCUAUGGGCCACUUUACCGUACUGGGCAAAGUGUUUCGCGAGGAGGAUAACGCCACUGCGGCCCUGGUCGAGCUCGACCGGGAAGUCAACUAUGCUUUGGUCCCUAGGGAAAUCCCAGGCACCGGGGGCCCCUGGAACGUGGUCUUUGUGCCCCGUUGCUCAGGCGAGGAGUUUCUCGGUCGCGUGCUCCACUUCCUGGAGCAACAGGGGCAGACAGUGGAAAGCGUGGCCGGUGCCCUGGGUCUGGGGCUGCGCAGGGUGUGCUGGCUCCGAUCUGUCAGUCAGGCGAUCCAGCCCUGGGUGGAAACCGUGAGGUACCAGCGCCUGGGCGUGUUUUCCGGGAGGGACCAGCCAGCCCCUGGGGAGGAGUCCUUUGAGGCCUGGCUAGACCACACCACUGACAUGCUGCAUGUGUGGCAGGGGGUCUCUGAAAGGGAGAGGAGGAGGAGGCUGAUCGAAGGCUUGAGAGGGACUGCCCUGCAGCUCGUGCAUGGGCUCCUGGCGGAGAAUCCCGCCAGGACUGCGCAGGACUGCCUGGCGGCCCUGAUCCAGGUGUUUGGAGACAACGAGUCCCAGGCCACCAUCCGGGUGAAGUGUUUGACUGCUCAGCAGCGGUCAGGCGAGCGUCUCUCCACCUUUGUGUUGCGGCUGGAAGUCCUGUUGCAGAAAGCCAUCGAGAAGGGGGCCCUGGCCAGGGCCUCCGCUGACCACGUGCGCCUGAGGCAGGUGCUCACCAGGGCCAACCUGAUCGAGCCUCUGGGUGAAGCCCUGAGGAAGCUGAGCAUGGUUGGGAGGUCUCCCACAUUCCUGGAAAUGCUGGGGCUAGUUCGCGAGUCUGAGGCAUGGGAGGCCAGUCUAGCCCGGAGCGUGAGGGCCCCGGCAGAGGAAGGGGCUGGUGCCCCCGCUGAUGCCCAGGCGGAUGCCAGGGCCAAUGCUAAUGCAGAGGAUGAGAAGGUGGAGAAGGAAGAAGAGGAGGUGGACCAACAGCAGCAGGAAGAGGUGGUGGUGGAGGAGGAGCAGGAGGAGGAGCAGGAGGAGGAGGAGGGGCAAAGGGAAGACCAAGGCAAUGAUCAUGCUCCUGCGGGCCCAGGCCAGGCAGGACCCACUGAGGCCCCAGGAGGCCCCGCCCCAGCUCAGAUGGGCAGUGCUUCUGAUGCCAGCCCAGGAGGGCCUGGUUGUGGGCCAGAGAGCCUGGCCCAGGCAGAAGAGCAGGAAGCUGAGGAGCCCGUGCUGGAGGGGCUCAAGGACAUCCCAGAGGAGUCAGGAAAUGAGGAUGGGGCUGGGGAGACUGGCCACCCCGAGUCUGCCCCAGGUGAAUAGGCUCAGAAGGCCCAGGGGCUCCUCUCCUCUCAGGCAGCAGAACCUUGGAGGGAGGGGCAGGACUCGCGCCAGGGCCUACCCUCACCCCACAUCAGGAGCAGGGCCCAGGGAAGGGCUCACCCAGCCCAAACCAAGCCCCUGGAUCCCCCCAGCUCCCCAAAGGGGCCCUGGCCACCACCACCACCAGACUUUUCCAGUGACCCCAAAGACCAUAUUUGCCACCAGAUGGAGCCAGGAGAGGUGCCCCUCCUCAUGGAAGCCCCAACCCCAAACCCAAACCCUGCCAGUCUAGGGCUGCAGGCCUAGAAGUGGGGGGAUGGGCUGAGGUCACCUGCCACCUGCACUGGACUGGGAGACGUCGGGGAAGAGAGUCCAUCUCAAGGGUGCCAGCUGCCUGGCUCUCCCAGCAGGCAAAACCCCAACCCGAUUCACGGUCCCCGGGACAGGGUGCGACCGUCCCUGUCCCUGGAAGCCCGCCUUAUCUGUAAGCCCCAUAGUGACCCACCUCAAGCAAACGCCCACCCCCACGCUAGCCAUCGUUCCUGUGCAAAGCCGUGAGGUGUGUGUCAACCCCGGGCAGAGGACCGCGCCCUCGCGGCCGGCCACCUCCAGGCCCGGGCACGUGCCGUGAGCUUCCGGGCGAGCCAAGGCUCUGCUCGCUCCUGUCCAGUGUCGUGAGCUCAACCUCUGCUUUCUCGGUGUAGAUCUAGGCCAGCUGCCUGCCGCUUGUUCUCGUGGAGAUGUGUGUGUGUUCUUAUCUGAGCAGCUCCUCCCAGGAGGCCCUGAGCCCAGUCCCCAGGAGUCGGAGACGGGAGCCGGCGGGAAGGAUGGACACGGCGAGGGCGUGGUGGACGCUCACCCCCUCGGUGAUCAAGACCGCGGCCUCCCCUCGGGCAGGAAGCACUGGACCUUAGAUGGAGGGGGAGGGCCAGGGACUGUGCUUUGACGUUCCACCCCGUUGUUCCUUGUGACUCAGUUUCCUUGGCUGGGGGGGGGGGGUGUUCCCUGUUAUGCUUUCCAGUGUCCUGUGACCCUUCUGUGCCAGCCAUAGGGCAAGGGCCACCCCACAGCAAGUCAGCCCCUCAGGGUGCUCCCGGAAUGGAAGUGAGUGUUCAUUGCCAGAGGCCAUUGUCCUGGCAAGAGGCACAUCUGGGUCCUCAGAAAGGGAGGCUGUGGUGGGAGGGCCCCAGCGUGGAGACAGAGGAGGCUCCUCCUCUGCAGCCCCAGGAGGGGGGGCGGGCUGACCUGUGGCCUCCAGUGGUUGUGAAGAGUCCCUUUAGGUGUUGUCAUCCCUUCUCUUCAAUGGUUCAUUGUUUCUGUUUAAUAAAUUUUGUGAAAUGUUCCAGCUUAUUCUAUCAUGGUGAGGGAAAUUGGGAGAGGAAUGUUGGUUGGAGAUGGGACAGGGUAGAGUAGGGGGGGACAGUGGUGGCUGGGUUAAAAUGCUGGGUGCAUUCAGGCAAGGUCCAUGAUGAGCUGUUGUGAUUUCAGCUGGCCAGUGGGCAACAGGAUACUGUUAGUUGUGGGUGGGCACUGUCUUUCUGGCUCCCCAGAGCACUUGGGAAUAAGCGGGUUAGGCAUUGAAGGGAGGGCACAGGACCACAGGAUUCCCAGCAGUGCACGGGGGUG